AUGCCUGCUUCAGGCCGAAUGACGCGCAGCUACACUGCGAAUACACCUAGUCUUGGUGGAGGGAGACCCUUUACACGUCGUCCGCUCUCUGGAAUACGCCAGAAAUUAAGCCGUCCGACAACAGUGACAUCUUUUGGCGUAACAUCUGCUUGCCAAACACGACCUGCUAGCCGUCAGACGCGAUUUGGUCUCUCCUGCCAGGCCAAAUGGGCUUUGCUGAACAAACAGGUGGUGGCUAGUGUCCAGCGCCGUGAAACAGCCGAACGUCUCGAGCACGACAUGUCUACAUGGAUGCGUGAACGACAAUCUCUUGGGCGCCGUCUUGCUCGUGUAAAACGCAGACUGGCGCGAGAGGAAGUUCGGUUGACCAGUGCCGAAGAAUCAGGAAAAGAGUCUUCUCAGAUGGAACGACUUCGCACACGAGUUCAACAGAGUCAUGAACAGGUUUGA